AUGUCAUCAGUACUCUCAUCAUCAACAUCAACAACGAACACGACAAACUCAUCAACAACGUCAAAGAAUGAAAAGCAGUCGACCAAGUUUAAAGGCAUUGAUAUAAACACUAUUUACAAGGGUUCAAAUGCAUCACCUCCUAAAGCAAAUACAACAACAAGACAGCAUGGGUUACAAGUGUUGGGCAAAGUUCAGAGUGUUCGUCGUAUGCCACCUCCAGCUAAUCUCCCUAGCAUCAAAAGCCUGACCAGCUCAACAAACACAUCACAACAACAACAGCAGCAGCAAAGUAAAGAAGGAAGUAACAUUGUGACAUCAACUGCGUCCGGUAAUAUCCAAAGUACCAAUAACAUCAACAAUAGUUUGUCUACUUUAUCAGGUUUCUAUUGUUUUUUGCUACAGAUGGAAAGAAGAGAAACAGAUGACACCACCAUCAAUGAUGUCAAUGAUGAUGACCAACAACUCAUUCCCAGGUUCAUCAGUAACAUCGCCAGCAUCAGCAUCAUCAGUUGCAGGACAAGCAUCGAUGAUGAUGAUGACGACGACGAUGACGUCGGCCCAGAAGUCCUCGCAGCAGCAGCUGGUAGGAAAUGCAUCACUGCAUCGUCAGGUCACAUGACUGCGGGGGAGGCAGGGGUACUCUGGAGCGACAUUACAUCUGGAGGAAGAAGACACUACUUAGAUCACAAAUCAUUUUCUCUGCAAGAGGACUUUCCAGAGUUGACUGCAGAAGGAAAAGCUGCAACUACUGCAACAUCGCUGGCAAUGGCCGGUCAGUCAGAGGUCAAGAGAACAGGGGCAGAGCCCAGAGAAAAGUCAAGUGGGCUAGGGCCAAGUCUAAAACCUCAAAACCUGGCAAGCUGGAGAGAUGGAGGUGGAAAGGUGGUGGGCCCUUCUCAAACUCCCCAGUCUCGAUCUCCAAGCCCACAAGCUGUCGACCCCAACAAGAAGCAACACGAACAAUCAGCAGACUACACUGGUCACCCUCCAGUCCUUGCAAUGCCCCAACAACCUUUGGGUGUGGGCAGAAUGCAGCACAACUAUCCACCACCUCCUCCAUUUAUGGGGCCCUGCAGAGGGACUGAUGGAGGAGUGAUGAUGCACCCUCCUGGACCCCACCCCUACCCACCACAUCAUCCUUCGAGACAUGUCAUGCCUCCUGUUCCUUAUGUUAGUAUCUCUUAUUCAACUCCAACGCCAUACAGACCGGGUUUCCACCCAUCUCCAACGUCCUCCGGCUAUCCGAAUUUCAUACCCCCACCUCCUCCAAUGAGAGGCAGGGGCCCCCCUGGUGCAUUCAGACCUCCCCCUCCUCCUUUUAUGGCGCCUCAUCAUGAUUUCAAUUACCCGCCAGGGCCAUAUCCACACCCCCAUCAUCAUCAAAUGAGUGAUAGGAUGGAGGAACCAUCAAAAAGGAUACCGUCACUCAAGACGUCUGUUGUGAAGGAGAAAGAUCUAGAGCUCUUUGAUAGACUGAAGAUAUCAGAAGAUAAAGUCUGGGCUCGAGGAAAUGUCAAUGUCGACUACUCUGAGAAACUGGUCUUCAGCGAUGAUGAGGAUAAUGGAAAGACUUCCCAAAAGUCAAAUGACAAUCUACAGCAGCAGCAGCAGCAUCCCAAGUUUGGCACUACUGCUACUAGCAAAACAUUGACAUCAUCUAAGAUGGGAGGAGGUAGCUCUGGUCAUCUGGAGAGAGAUUGGAAGAGUGAGGAACCGUUGAAGUUGGGUGUUUCUACUGCAUCUACUGUCCCCGGCCAGUCGCCAUUGCUGCUGGAACAUUCAAAAAGUUGUGAGCCUAGUCAGUAUGCAGGGAGAAAAGAUGGGAUUUGUAGCAGUAGUAGUAACACAGCCGUCGGUGGUGGUAGCGGCAGUGGUAGUAGUGGUGGUGGUGGUGAAGUUAAUAGAAUGCCUGCUCCACCAUUGAGGCAGAGCAACAUCAUGCCUGAAGCUGCCACUACCACUGGUGGUUAUUACCAUGGUGGUGGUGCUGGUAACAGGCAACCACACAAUAAUGAAUACUAUGAGAAACAGUGGUCCUCCGAUCAGCACGGUCUGCCCACUCAACAGCAUCCACGCAUGCCGCACCAUCCACGCGAUCAACCCCAGUCGCAAUUUGCUUCGCAGCACCACCAGCUACAGCAGCUGCUGCAACAGCCACAACAUUAUAGCAGAAGACCGCCUCCACCACCAGGCCUAUCUAGUAGCUCCAACACAGCAGCACCCGCUAACUACAACACCAUCGACGACAACAAUCCCAAGCCAUAUCGAACCAGUAGCAGUAGCAACAAUAACGUCAGUAACGACGGCAGGUACAACAUCGCUAACAAAACUUCGAAUCUGUACGGAGGUCGGGGCGAUUAUGAUUACGAAGACGACGACGACAUGGAAGUUAGCCUACGUCGUACUAAAGAUGACGAUAAUGUCGAUCCUGAUAGAUGGAAAAGCGGGAAUUACAGGCAGGAGCUGAGAAGAUUAGAUGAUGUUGAUGUUCAUAGUGUGGAAGCUAGAGGCAACUAUGAUGGAGCAUGUGUCGAAAAAGAACCUAAUAAUAAGUUACUCUUCAACAAUAAUAGCAACAACAAAUCUUCAGUCUCAAAUACUGAUUUGACAUCCACUCAACAACAGUAUCAGCAGCAGCAACUGCAACAACUUAAAUCAUCAUCAAUAAAUUCUUCACUGCACAUGGCAGACAACGCAAACAACAAUGACAGCAACAUGCGAACCAUCAACAAAUCAAUUUCACAACACGCCAUCUCGCAACUGGAUAAAGACUAUCCCCAUCAUCAAUUGCAGCAACUACAUCAGCCACGUAUGAUGCCUCAACAUCAGCAACAAUACACUCAAGGGCAAAAGUACAUGCCCCCCCAACAACAACAACAGCAGCAGCAGCAAAGAAGACCAGAUUCAAAUCCUUGUCUUAUACCACAACAAACCACAACAACACCAACAACACCUUCAAACUUCUUAGACACACCACCUGUGAGAAUGCCACAGCCUUCAUCUCCAUUGACCUCAAAUUCUUCAUUUGGUGGCUUGUGGGGGCCUUCGUACGACCACAGAUGGUCCAAUAUGCCCUCACAGCAACAACCUAGACCUCCCCUUAUGCCACCACCUCUUCAGCCACAGCUACCACAAGAACAACAUGGUAGUGGUGGUGGUGCUGCUGUUGUCAGUGCAGCAAAUGAAGGUUGCAACAAAACGGCUCCCACCAGUAAAAGUCAUUUGGAACAUUCUGGAAGCCUGGAGAGCAUGUAUCCAGUAGUGAUACACAAGAAGCCCCUGCUAGGGCAAGCCCCACCACCAACUCGUUACUAUUACCCCCCAUACCCCCCUCAGCCAGCCUACAUGCAAGGAGGGUACCAUGGGGGCGGCCGAGGUGCCCCUGGCAGAGGAGCAGCUGCGGUAAAGACGCCAGCCACGAUGAUGAGAGAUAGUGAAAUAGCUUCAUCACCCGGUUUAAGCAAGAACAGGAGAACGGUGCAUGAUGACGUCAUCGUUGACGAUGCUGAUGAUAAUAAUACGGGUCGAGAUAAUGGUAAUAUCAAGGAUGGCGAUGAGGACGACGAUGAUGAUGGUGGUGACGUCAUGGAUCUACGUCGUCGAAACCACGCUGGUGGUGCUCACUCGAGGAGAAAUAAUUUCAAUGAUGUGAGUGAAGAUGGCAAUGAAGGAUGCUCUCCAAGAGAUGAUUAUCAUCAUCAGCAGCAGCAGCAACCACAACUGAGUAGACAAAUGAGUGGCGGCAGUCGUCCAACUUUUCAACAGCAGCCAGAAGAGAGGAAGAUCAUUAUUCACAGAAACAAGAGUGAGUCAGAGAGGUCAGACGCCUCAAAGAAUGAACCAGCAGCCAGGGACGUGAGAGAGAGAGAUGCGACCAGUAGCAGUGUGGUUACUUCUAACUUGCAGUCUGCCACUGAGAGAAUCAUGAGUAGGAAUCAUGAAAAGGGUUUCAGGAGCCAGCAGCAGCACAGGCAACAAACCUAUGAUGAAAGAAGUAGCGACUGCAUCAGGUACGAUGAUAAUCUCGACGAUGACAAUGAUUACUACGUGGGCGGCGAGGAACAUGCCGACGAGUACUACUACCAUAGACGUCGUAAAGAUGUGGCCAGAGAGGUCAAAGGUCAUUCCCAUGAUGAGUAUAAUGAUGAGGAGGGCGACGACUGCGAUCGUAGAAUUGUGAAAAACGGUAGGCAGCUGUAUGAUUAUAAGAAUGUAGCAGCAGCAGGACCAGGAACCUCAUCACAGCAGCCGCAGCAUGGUAGGGUGGAUCAUGCAAAGAGAAGUAACAUUCGUGGAGGAGAUGCAAGGAAUUAUGGCCACAAUCGGGAUGGUGCGGAAGAGUAUGCUAGGAGGAAGUUUUACGAGGAUGAUAUCUAUAAGAAGUACGUUGACGCUAAAAAUGUUGCGCCCCACCACCACCUCCAAGAGGAUGACAAUGAUGGAGAUAAAAAUGAUGAUGGCAGAGGUUGCUAUGGCAACAGAGAUAAGAGAGAUUCAGAGGAGAAACAGCAGACUCAACAGCAACAUUCAGCAAGAACAGACAACAGCAACACGGACAGACACCAGCCGACGUAUCAAACAACUCGUCAACAGCAACAGCAUGCUAGACAACAGCAAUCCCAGCAACACUCAAGGCAACAACAAUUGCAACAGCAACAAAAUUCACGAUCAAGUCAUCCGCCUCCUAUAUCGUUGGACCAGGCACAUGAGAACAAACACGAUGAAAGCCAUUUUACCAGUCUUAAGAAGCAGAGACCUGCUACAACUAACAUAUCUGCUUCUACUACAACUAAAAUUACUACUACUACAGCUACUACAUCGGCUUCUGCGAAUAACCCUACCACAAACAACAUCGCAACUGGCAGUAAUUGUAGUAGUGGUAAUGUUGUUGUUGGAAAGAGCGACAUUUCUUCACAGAAAGAAGUUUCUGCCAGGCAAGACAACUUUAAUCUAAAGUUAGAUGAUGAAUGCGGUAAGAUUUCAGAAGAGACUAACAAGAUGAGAAGUAACAUCAAUGUCGAUAGCAGCGCCCACAACAUAAAAGACGCUAGUACUAGCGAUUCAAGAACCGAUUCAUCGUACAAUAAGAAGAAACCAUCGGCUAACUUUGACGUCAGUAGGAGGAGAGAGCCAGAGACUGUGAAACAAUAUAAGAAGGAGCACUGCGACUACGACUACUCAGAUGAUUACUACUACUCCAAUUACGAAGACGAUAGAGACCAGAGGUAUGAUUAUUACAAUUCCAAAAGUUACCCUGGAGGUAGUCGCAAGUGGAACAAACCGUCGGCUGGUCGCACGGACGAAGGACAAAGAAAAGACACCUACAACUUCACCAGCAAUUUUCCAGGUGGUGGGGGUAGUAGUGGAAACAAUAGCAACAGCACCGCUUAUGUUAACAGCAGAAGAGGGAACGAGAGCAACUGUCCAGAGAAGGUUGAAAACUACAAAGAGAAGUUUCUACCCAAGGAGAAUGAUGAUAAGAUGGAUGAUGGCAACAAAUCAAGAGAAGCAUCCAAAUCUGAUAGUGGUGCUGUGGGCAAUGAAGGACCAGCUGGUAGUAUGGACAACAGGAGUUACCACACAAAAUAUAGACCAAGCAAGCCGUUGUAUCAGUGCUCCUAUGAAGAGGAGAGAGAAGAUGACGAUCGGAAAUAUUCCCAUGACACUGGAAGCAAAGCAUCUGGUAGAUUUUACGUCCCACCGAAAUCAAAAGGAAGUUCAUACUGUCAUGCUGGUGAUCGAGAUGAGUGCGAUGCCGAUUCAUUUGGCGGUGUUGCAGGUAGAGGAGGCAGUAGAAAUUACACCGGAGACCUUCACGAUGAAAAAGCUGGUGGCAAGAAGUUUGCAAAUGAUGAUGAUGGUGGUGGUAGUAGCAGUAGAAGCAGUGUUGAGAAACAACAUCAACAACAACAGCAACGAGAUCCUGUUGAUGCGAACAGAGGUGGUUCUUUCAGAUCGAAGCAACAAUAUCAGCUACAGCAGCCACACCAGACCAACAAACCUCUAAGGAUGCCUGGCAAUGAGAAAAAGGCAUUUGAUGGCAAUGCGAGUAGCAGGAAUAAGAUGACGAAGGAUGCUCGUGGUGCAGAAAUACCAGCUAGUCAGCAACAUCUCAGCGAUAACACUGCAUCCAAAUCUGGUGGAAACGUUGUUGGCAAGAAAUUUGACAACGACAGCAAUCAUAUCAGCGGCACAGCAACACCAUCUAACAUUGCUGACGGAAGUGCUAAAAAUUUUUCAGAGAAAAACAGUUCUAAUAAACCAUUUGACGAAUGCAGUAGUUUCACUAAAGAUACUAACAAAAGUAGUGCCGUCCUUGAGAAGAAUACUUCUGCUUCUUCUAAUAGUGCUACUGCUGCUGCUGCUGCUGCUACUGCUUCCAGUAACAUUGGGAGGGGUGGAGUUGAAAAGUCAAGAUCCAACAAAAUUGGUGGUAGAGGAGGCGGUGGUGGUGGUGGUGGUGGGGCUGGCGUCUCUGAGAGGUACAGCAAUAGCAAUGACAGAUAUGAAAAUACUCAUGCUGAAUUAAAGUAUGCAGCCGGCCGAGAAUUUGUUAGGGGCGGUAGCACUCGAGGCGGAGGUGUGGCAAACCCCGUCAACAGCAGCGGUAGGGGGGCUAGGUCAGGAGCAACUGGAGGAGGUGGAGGAAGAAGAUCAGAAAUGAAGAAAACUCAUUCGACAGAAGACUUGAAACAGCAAAAUGUGGUAGAAAAAUUGACUUCUUCAUCGCAGUCUGCUGCUGCUAAUGCGGCUUCCGGUGGUAGUUGUGGUGGCGGUGGUGUCGGUCGUGGAAACGUUAACAAUAACUCUUCUACUGUAGAUGAGGUCAAUGCUGUCAACUGUGGUAAAACUGCUCAGGGUAGCAAGAAUUACGACGUCGGUGAUGGUGCGAGUGUUGGUGGUGCAUCUAGUAAAGAUGAAAACAUCUCCAGUAACAAAAGAUCUAGUGAGUCGGCAGCUAAAGAGUCGUCGCUAUCCUCGUCUUCAUCAUCUCAGCUGCACAAACCUAGGCACUACAACCACCACUACUACAGACCCGGUAUAAAAAGUGGCGCUGCUGCUGCUACUACCGCUGCUGCCGGUGGUGGCGGUGGUGGUAAGAUGGCGCCAUCGAAUAGCAGUGGCGUUACUGGUGGUGGUCAUUUUUUUAGUGGAGGUGCAAGAAGUGAGAAGUUCAGCUCCAAUAGUAAAUGA